AUUCCCUCCGCGUGUGGCAAACCCCUCGCUCAAAGCAAUCUCAAUCGCACACAAACUUUGCCAGACAGCCUGGCGACUCCCUUGCGCACGCGUUCCAGACGGCCCUUUCCUUGACACCAGUUCCUGCCCGUUCAAACUUUGUUCCCACCAACGCCCCCGCCGAGUCCAAACGACCUGCUUGCAAGCUUGGAUCGAGCUUCUGGAAUCGCUUCGCCCGAGGCCUUAUCGUUGUCCGCAUUAAGCUAACCAGACCCCCACCCGGUUUUCUAGGCUUUUGGCUUUCCGCGCAAUUCGUACCCCUCGAUUCCCUUUUCGUCCCGUCUUUUUACCUUCCGGUCAGCCCUCGGGCUUUCCUCUGUCAUUGUCACGUUGCCGGCCUUUUCAUCCUCCCUUUUCCCCUCCCCCAACUGCGCCGUCUCUCUUUGUUCAACCCCCACCCUUGUUCUCGCGUGAUAGAUAGAUCAUGUCCAACCAGGCCAACAACCACUAUCAGGAGCCCAUUAACGGGCUCAAGCCGUUAUCAAACGCGGAGGGUUUCUCCUUGCCCGCCACCGCCAGCGACUUGUCGCGCCGCGCCGAACGCGCCGAGUACUCAUAUGCUGAAGGUCAUCCGGUGGGAGAUGCCGAGAUUGAAGACGACGACGACGACGAUGAGGAGGAGGAGGUGGAAGAAGAAUACGUCGCUGUGGACCAUGAUGAUAUCAACGAAUAUCCUUACUGGUUCCGCCGUCCACCCGUCCACCAUCGCACCAAGUUGGAUGAACUGCACCCCUUCGUGCAGGUUCUGACCGAGUCGAAUGUCGAAGACUGUGUUACGGUUGAGCAGGCAUUUCCUGAGCAGGAGCGCUGUUCACGCGAAAAGUUUCGCUAUCGCCUGAGUAGAUGCCCGGAACUGUGUCUCGGUCUGUUCACGCUCCCAAUUCUGCGCGACGGCGAGCCGAAGCCUCGCCCGACAUUGGUGGGACAUGUCAUCGCCACGAGAACCUCAAGCCCGGUCGUGACGGAUAAGUCUAUGGAGCUGCCGGCACAGUGGCAGACGGAACGCAUGACCGUUGAGGAUGGAGAGACCGUGGGCCACGAUGAGUACGGAAGCACAAUUGCCAUCCACUCUCUCGCCGUGCUGCCGGAACAUCAGGGCAAGCAAGUUGGCAGCACUUUGAUGAAGGCAUAUAUCCAGAGGAUCAAGGAUGCGCAAAUUGCCGACCGCAUCUCCAUCAUUGCGCAUGGCCCCUUGGUGCCCUUCUACGAGUCUUUUGGUUUCGAGAACCGCGGGCCUAGCAAGUGCCAGUUUGGUGGUGGCGGCUGGGUAGACUUGGUCUUUGAAUUCGCCAAAGAGUAAGGGCUUGGGAAUUGUCUCGCGACGAUUCUGCAUCUCUGCGGCGUGGUGCUGUUGUUUCUUCCCCCUUACGUUGUCCUUUGUUCUUUAUCGAUUCUCUUGGUCUUUUUUCACACUACCCCUUUUUUAUGUGAUGCAUGCUAUGGAUUACACAGGAUUCGGUCUUACUGGUGGGUUCAUGAUAAAAAGCAACGGCGUUCUGUCGGGACGGAUGAUGAUGACGAUGCUAUGAUGGCCGGAUUGAAGCACCACGGACGGCUGGGUUGGUCAGGGCCGGCAUAUUUGUGUAUCAUAGUCCCCGGUAGUCAGUGUAAAUGAAUAUGGCAUAGACAUGG